GGUCUGGUUUCCCCGAGAAGCAAAAGGUGCCUGCCCCAGUAUUGUGGAAAUGGCUGUCCACUAACAAGACUAAGCUUACCCCAGCUUACUCCAAACACCUCUGGUGAUCCUCCAGGCUGAGAUCUGAAUGUGCUGUAUCUACACUGACUUCUAACUUAGUACCUGCAAAGGCCUGACCUGUCAGGCUGAAGUGCGAGUUGCCCAAGUACCCUCACCAAACUUCUGAUGACAAACCUGUCUCUUUCAGCAGUGUGCUCCUGAGAGUCUGCUGAGGAAUGAUGGGAAGUUGGCCUAGCAGAGAGAAAAGCCUGCCCACAAGCUCCAGCACCAUCUCCUCUGGUCCAGUCCAGGGACUUGUGUCCACACAAGCAGAGAGAAGCAAGGUCACAGCGGUGGCCCUGGGCAGUUUUCCAGCAGGUGCACAGGCUGGACUGUCUCUGAGACUUGGGGAGCCGCUGACCAUCGUCUCUGAGGAUGGAGAUUGGUGGACAGUCAUAUCGGAAGUCUCGGGGAGAGAGUACCACAUCCCCAGUGUGUACGUGGCUAAAGUCUCCCAUGGGUGGCUGUAUGAGGGCCUGAGCAGGGAGAGAGCUGAGGAACUGCUCUUGUUGCCUGGGAACCCUGGAGGGGCCUUCCUCAUCAGAGAGAGCCAGAGCAGGAGAGGCUGCUAUUCCCUGUCCGUCCGACUCAGUCGCCCAGCAUCUUGGGACCGGAUCAGACACUACAGGAUACAGCGCCUCGACAACGGCUGGCUGUACAUCUCACCACGCCUUACCUUCCCCUCACUCCAGGCCCUGGUGGAUCAUUACUCAGAGCUGGCAGAUGACAUCUGCUGUGUGCUAAAGGAGCCCUGUGUCCUGCAGAAGCUUGGCCCACUACCUGGCAAAGAUAUACCUCUACCUGUGACUGUGCGGACGGCAUCACUCAACUGGAAAGAGCUGGAUAGCAGCCUGCUGUUGGAAGCACCUGCCAGUGGGGAGGCGUCUCUUCUCAGUGAAGGGCUCCGAGAAUCCCUCAGCUCCUACAUCAGCCUCACUGAGGAUAACUCCUUGGACGAUGCCUAGUCCAAACAGAAGUCAAACCCGAAGAAGCACCCUCAAGGCAAGGCUGGGAUGCAGGUACAUCCAGGGUCUCACAUGGACCUUCUGCUCCUUCCUCUCAUUAUCUUCCUCCCAAGGCCUCAACCCUGCCUACAAUUUCUAGUCCAUGUGCAUCGCAAUUCAAGGCAGAGCCAGGCCUCUACAGAGUAAAUUACUUCUGAGGUUUGGUGUUCCUAGGAAGGAUGUCCAUUACGAUGGCUAAUCAACCCGACAAAAAGGCAGAGAUCACCACUAGCAUAAGAAGAGAAAAACUAUUAGGGAAAUUUACAAGACUCAUUAAGAAUGCAAACACAGGGGGCUGAAGAGAUGGCUCAGUGGUUAAGAGCAUUGCCUGCUCUUCCAAAGGUCCUGAGUUCAAUUCCCAGCAACCACAUGGUGGCUCACAACCAUCUGUAAAGAGGUCUGGUGCCCUCUUCUGGCCUGCAGAUAUGCACACAGACAAUAUUGUAUACAUAAUAAAUAAAUAUUUAAAAAAAAUGCAAACACAGCCGGGCGGUGGUGGCGCACGCCUUUAAUCCCAGCACUCGGGAGGCAGAGGCAGGCGGAUCUCUGUGAGUUCGAGACCAGCCUGGUCUACAAGAGCUAGUUCUAAGACAGGCUCCAAAACCACAGAGAAACCAUGUCUCGAAAAACCAAAAAAAAAAAAAAAGAA